AUGUCAAGUUUGAGAUUGAUGACUGAGGAACCUUGGACGUUCUCUCAACCCUUUGACUAUAUCCAUAGUCGGGUCAUGCAGACAGGGAUCGGUAACUGGGCCAACUACUUUAAAAAGUGCUAUGACAAUCUUACCCCUGGCGGGUACCUUGAAGUGAACGAAAUCGACCUAUUCCCGAUGUCGGACGACGGGACUCUCAAAGAGAACUCGGCAAUCUUGAAGUCAACUCUGAUGAUUCAAGAGUGUUCAAUUAUUUUUGGACGCCCUUGCCUAAAUAUCAGGGACUUGGCCGAUCUUAUGACUGAUGUCGGCUUCGAGGACGUCAUAGUCCAGAGGUAUAAGUGGCCUACGAAUACAUGGCCUAAAGACAUGCGGUACAAAGAGUUGGGUUCAUGGUGCCAUGAUAACAUUGUAGCUGGUUGGGAGGGCUUUUGUCUAGCACCCUUCACCAGAGCGCUGAACUGGUCUAAAGAAGAGGUUCUUUUGUUUAUGAUUAAGGUGCGAAAGGAGUUUGCCGACAAGCAAAUCCAUGCUUACUUCUCGAUGUAA